GUGCUGGACUUGUGUGUGAGCUUUGAUUGAUGUUUCGAAGCUGUUUGUGGAAACUUCACAAGAUGCUGUGUAUAUGAACUCUGUACCGGCUCCACUCUGCACCAGUGAACCGCAACAUCUCAGAGGAAGGAACACGAGCCUGCAAGGUUGAAGAUAAGCCAAUCCUUGUCUCUUCACACAGGGCACUGUGCCACGCAGCCAGACGAGAUGGUAACAUUUGAUAAUGUUUUAAGGGACAUCGGAGAGUUUGGAAGAUGUCAGAAGUGGAUUGCCCUGCUUUUGUCUUUGUGUGGGCUGACUUUUUCAUUCCUGACGGCUGUAUUUGUUUUUCUGGGAGUGAUUCCAAACCACUGGUGCCGGGUCCCACCUGCCCUUGUGGGACUUCGAGAAAAGUGUGGGUGGUCUCUGGAAGAGGAGAGAAAUUACACGGUGCCUCCGGAAAAGCCUGGGAGCUCCUCAUAUAGUCAGUGUGAAAGUUACGAUAUAGACUGGAAUCUGACUUCACUCAGCUGCGAAUAUCCAGAGGCAUUAAUCGCGAACAGUUCUGGCGAGGCACUCCGCACAGCUUGUAGGGACGGCUGGUUUUUUGACAGUUCACGUACAACAAUCGUAAGCGAGUAUGAGCUCGUAUGCAAUGAUGCCUGGAAAGUGGAUAUGUCCCAAGGCUGUAUUCAAAUCGGCUUUUUCCUUGGAGUACUAAUCACAGGCUAUGCUGCGGAUAGGUUUGGUCGCAAGCUUUGCUUACUGACCUGUCUGGGCGGUACAGGAGUUGCUGGGAUUUUUGUCGCCAUUGCACCAAUUUAUCCGGUGUUUGUGAUUUUCCGAAUCCUGCAGGGCUUGUUUGGAAGGGGGAUAUCUGUCAUCAUUGCCGUCACUGCCACAGAAAUUGUUGGAUGCAGAUACAGAAGAGUUGUUAUAGUAGUAACACAGGCAGUUUUCUCCUUGGGUGCAAUGUUACUUCCUGGUUUUGCAUACAUGAUAAAAUCUUGGAAAGGAAUCCAAAUGGCCAUUACUGUCCCCAAUUUCGUCUUGCUGCUUUACUGCUGCCUAAUCCCUGAGUCUCCUCGGUGGUUGUUAUCCCGCAAGAGAAUCAAAGAAGCAUUGAAAGUUGCCCAGGAGAUGGCAGAACAGAAUGGAAAGUGUCUCCCGUCAACCUACAAAGAGAUGAUAAUAGGGGAGAGUGGCCCUGAAGAGGUGAAGAAUCCUUCCUUCCUGGACUUGUUCAGGACACCACAGAUGAGAAGACACGCACUAAUUUUAAUGUACUCCUGGUUCACAAGCAGCGUGGUGUACUUGGGGCUUAUCUUGCGCCUGGGGUUCCAGGGCAGUGAGAGUUACAGCGAUAUCUUCGUAGCCGGAGCGGUGGAACUGCCAGCAACCAUGCUCGGCCUUCUAGUUGUUCACCGUGUGGGCCGGCGCAGUCCCUUCGUGGCCUCCAGUGCUCUGGCCGGAGCCUUCUGUCUGAUAGCAGCAUGUAUUUCUGAAGAAAUGCACAGGCUCAAAACCGCUGUCACCACACUGGCCAGAUUCGGAAUAACGAUCUCACUCAGCAUACUCUUCCUAGUGACCAACGAGCUGCAUCCCACAUCCAUCAGGAAUUUCGGAGUUUCGGUGUGCCUGUCACUGGGUGACAUUGGUGGGAUUGCAGCACCUUUCAUGCUCUAUAGAUUAACGACUGUUUGGACGGAACUACCUCUGGUGAUUUUUGGUGCACUUGCUCUGGUAGCUGGUGGAUUAAUGAUGCUUUUGCCUGAGACGAGGGGAAUGAGGUUACCAGAAACUGUCAGCGAUGUGGAAAACAUGAUGAGGCUUUACAAACAUGACCAGGAUGACUGUAAAGAGAUGAUCAACCUUCGAACAUCAACCUAGGGAAGAGAAACAAAGCGUACCUGGGAAAGUGUCCUGGUGUAGAGUUUGUAAUCAGAGCUAAAAAAAACAAAAUAUUACUUAUCAAUCAAAAUAUAACCAGUUGUCUUCAUUCUGGUGGUCAAAGCUCAUGCAAAUAGAACAUUGAAUAAUAAGCAGGAUGUUUGACAUUUUGAUUACAAAAUUGUAUAUUGUGUAUGCGGAUUAUUCUAGUGAAAGUGAAAUCAAUUUUCCAAUCAUAAUAAAGUUUGAAUUGGAUGGUAGUGUUAGUUCCAGGGGUUUUAUUGUGUGGUUCUGACAGCUGGGGUGAUCCACAUUGUGGUGUUAUUUUACCUUGCAGUUCAGUCUGCAGUCAUACUGGGCUCUGUAACAUGGAACCUAGAAUAUAUGCAUGAGGCGUGGCUGUGUGGGGCUGGUUAAAAUACCAAGUCUCAACACAGGUAGUGUGGUCAGCCACAUUGUCUGAUAAGGUGCAUCAUUGGAACAUUACAGGAAUAGAUAACUCACCUGACAUGACAUAAUAAUAAGAAAAUUAACUUUAAUUAUGAACUCUAACAAUUCUACAGUAUAAGAAAAACUUGCUAUAAAAAACAAUAAUAACAGUGGUCUUAUGUUUUUGUAAAGAAAGUAAUGUGAUUCUAAAAUCAAAUAAUAUUCCAAAGCAAAUGAUAGGAAAAAAUGAAAACCCUGUAUCAAUUAAAGAUAUCAAAGUUAAAAAUCCUACUGGAAUGAAGAUAAACAUUUCGUACAUAUUAAAAUUAAAUGUGUUGCUAGCAAGAUAUUGCGCCAUUAUUUUGCUAUGUGUUUUUUUUUGUGGUAGAGUCCCCAUAUUGUUCCUACCAGUGUGACAGAGGGU